UUGACGAAAUCUAUUCAAGAAUCAUACAUAUCCGAUAAUACGACGACCGAAAAUGAUGUUUUGAUAUCGACAACAGCUGAGUACAUUGCAAGUACAUCUACAACUGUUUCUUCAACAAUACUUUCAAAUCAUUCUUCACACGAAUCAUUAACCACGGAAAUAAUUGAAGUAGCAACGACCACCUUAUCUACUACAGUUGCUCAUACAACUCUUGAACCAACAACAGAACUUGUAUCAUCUGGUACUUCAACAACUACAACACCCAGCAUAACAUCCUUUCACACAACUAAUGCUGUUGAAACAUCAACUAUCGAAAAUUCUCCAUCAGAUAUUCAAAUGAUAUCACCAAUUACAACAAUUGAGAGUAAUGAGGAUCCAACAAUUGAAUUGUUAGCUGAUAAUCAAACAAUAUCACGAAAUGAUUUAGAAUUAUCUAAUAUAACGACAUUGGAAGAAGAUAUAGUAUCACUAGCUACAGUAGUCAAUGACGAGCAACUUCUUGAUAACUCGACUGUUAUUGAAGUGACGACAGACAGAUCAUUGUCAACAACAUUGCCAAUAUCUCAAAAAUCAAUACAAUCAACAACAAAUCUCACUACAACAACAACAACACAAUCAUCCGAUACCGUAACCUCAUCACCAUCAUAUGCAGCUGAUGCUCAAGCAACAAUACGAUUUCGAUCAAACAUCAUAACUAAUAUAACUUCGGAAGUAAGCCAACACUGUCAGCAAUAUACUCAGCCACAACUUGUCGCUGAACUCAAACAGAAAGGUACAUACAAUCCAGAUUUAAUGGCAUGGGAUGCAAUGGGUAUAUUACGAUUCAUUGAUAAAACUGUUCAUGAUCAAUAUCAAAAAGAGGUUACUUCACCACGACAAUUGGAAGAAAUUGUUGAAAAGAAUACAAAAUCACUUAAAAGUCUGUUAUCAGAAUUGAAUGUAACAUGUACGGUGGCUGAUGAUUCUGUACGAGCACGUCUACGUCAAUUAUCAUUAAAACAAUUUCGACGUUCAAUCAUAUCACCAUCAUUACGUCGAACUAAGCGAAUGAACAAUGAAGAUGUUUGGAUGAGUCUUCUGAAUGCCACAUUGACAACUGAUCAUCGAUUGAAAGAUUACCAAACUGGUUCAGGCAAACAGCGUUUAAUAGGUGAAUCACAUGCUGUUCCAUUUGGAUGUGACAAACGCGGAAGUGAAGAAGAUGGCUAUUUACGUCUUUGUGGUGCAUGUCAGACGAUUCGUCAUUUGCCAGAUACAUUCUUUCCUCCAUUCAUAAAUGAAGUAACAUGUGAUACGGAUAAGGCUUGCCUCUAUUUCUAUGAUUAUCCACAUGGAAAAUGUAGGCAAAGACAUAUGAAUUUUUUUGUUUUACGAAAUGUUGGAACAAAAGAAUGUCAAAUAUGGAAAAAAUAUAAUUUAAAUGUCAGAGUAUCAUGUGAAUGCUUUGUAGAUGAAAUGUCUUUUUUCUCUAAAUAUGUCUGA